AUGGAGACACUGGAGGAAAUUGCACUCUGUUUUCCACAGCUCCUCAACUCCUCCUGUAAAAAGCCCACACGUCCUCACUCUGAGGCUCUGAUCAUUUACAUCUUGAUGUCCUGCGUCUCUCUGCUUACUGCGAGUCUUAACCUGCUGGUCAUCGUCUCCAUCUCCCACUUCAGGCAGCUCCACACUCCCACCAACCUCCUCCUCCUCUCUCUGGCUGUGUCUGAUUUCCUCAUUGGUCUUGUUGUGAUGCCGUUUCAGAUCCUCGCAACAGAACCGUGUUGGCUCCUGGGUGACUUAUUGUGUGUAUUCUAUAAUUUACUUGCCUUUACCACUACAUUUGCCUCAGUGGUAAACAUGGUUCUGAUAUCAGUCGACCGUUAUGUGGCCAUCUGUGACCCUCUGUGUUACUCCACAAAAAUCACUCAGAGGAGAGUUCAACUCUGUGUCCUCCUGUUGUGGGUUUUCUCUGUUUUUUAUGCUUUCGUGAUUUUAUUUGAUAACCUGAAGCAACCAGGCAGGUUCAACACCUGUUAUGGUGAAUGUAUAAUAAGCGUAAAUGGAGCUGUCGACCUGAUUCUAAGCUUCAUCAUCCCCAUCUCAGCCAUCAUCAUUCUGUAUAUGAGGGUGUUUGUGGUGGCUGUGUCUCAGGCUCGUUCCAUGCGCUCCCACGUUGCAGCUGUUAAACUGCACCGUUCACUGACUGUGACUGUUCAGAGGUCAGAGCUGAAAGCAGCCAGGACUCUGGGUGUGGUUGUUGCUGUGUUUCUUGUGUGUUAUAUUCCACCUUACUGUGUGACUCUCUCUGGGUACAACCUUACAAUUGGUGCCUCAGCCAAUGAUUUCUUGGUUUUUCUAGUUUUAUCAAACUCUUGUCUGAACCCUGUGAUUUAUGCUUUUCUCUACCUCUGGUUUAGAAAAUCUGUUAAACUUAUAGUUACUUUACAGAUACUGCAGCCUAAUUCCAGAGACACCUGUUUAAAGUAA